CAGCAAAUUUUAAGCAUUUGAAACAAAAUGGUAUUCUUAUACAAGAUGUGUAGGUUUACCAUAUAUUAUACAGCAUUUUUCACUACAAUGUGUAUUUCAGAUGUGGAACUCGACCAACAACAGGUCAAUAAAGUCUGCUGUUUUUGGUUUGAGCAAACAGGGCAUGGCAGAUCCUCAAUUCAUCAACGUGAACACGUUGACUGGAAAAGUACACCACAAUUUUAAUAUUAGCAAGGCGUAUGCUUGGAGGGUGGACUUUGUUGGAAAUCUAGUAGCUGGGCGUGCCUGGUUUAUCAUUAAGAACUUGCAACUCAAUGAUACAAAUGAAUAUCUUGCGAGAAUAACUAUUGAUGUUGAUACGGUUAGGUCAUAUACUGUCAAACUAAACGUAAGACAAACAAAUAAUUCCCAACGCCAAAAAGCAUCAACAGUGCCAUUUAUAACCACCAAGGGAUGGAGGCCGCUUAAUGAAACAGAAAGACAUUUUGGAACAACAUAUACUCCUCCAGUUCAAAACAUGGCAGUCGACAUAAAAUAUAUAUUGGUUUCCUUGUCAAUCACAUUAAUCAUAGUUUUUAUUUUCACUGGUGGUUGUUAUUGUAAAAAGAGAAACAAGUCAAAGCAAGAAAAACAACACGCGAAAAGCAUAAAUAAAGAUCCUACUUCGAAAUUGCUAAGAGCUGAAAAUAACAAUAUCAGGGAUGAUAAAAAUAACGAUAAUAACGAUAACAACAAUGAAGAAAUACUGCUCGUAAAGAAAAAGGAGCCUGAUCUUGCGCAUAUAAAGGCGUGCUAAUGACAUUGGACAAUCUCGUACCCAGAGCCUGCACUUCUUCUGACCAGCGACGAAGAACGAGGGCUCUGGCAUAAUCCAUUUUCUGAGACCAGGAAAUAUUGGACUCCCGGUAUAACAGCGCAUACGUUUAAAGACUUGCAAAAAAAAUCCCUAUUGGUAAUUUUUAUUUUGAUCGGAAAUAAACACAGAACUUUGUCUGAAA